AUGGCACGCUCUAAGCAACCAGCUAUCAAGCGCGAGGCAUCCUCAGAGUUCUUCAAUAAGACGACUGCAACAUGGGAGGAUACUGAUCGAUCGCAAAAGAGCCUCUCCAAUGGAAACAUUACGAACAAGGUCUUGCCUGUUCCCGCGUCUGCGCAAGAAGCUGGGCUCUUGCAGCUUGUCAUCGCUGUCGCGGGAAUCUAUGCUUCAUUCCUCACCUGGGCAUAUCUUCAAGAGAAGCUCACUACCAAGCCAUAUGGUCCCGCCGACGCCCCGGAAGUCUGGCACUUCCCCGUCUUCCUCAACACCAUCCAAUCCGUCUUCGCCGCCAUCGUAGGCGCUGUCUAUCUCUAUGCCUCGACGCCCAGCAACGCCGCCGUCCCUCCAAUUAUCCCCUCACGCCGCAUUCUUGGGCCUCUCGCGCUUGUUGCUGUCACGAGCAGCCUCGCGAGCCCCUUUGGCUACGCAUCCCUUGCCCAUAUCGACUACAUCACGUUCCUCCUUGCCAAGAGCUGCAAGUUGCUACCUGUCAUGUUCCUUCAUAUCACUGUCUUUCGCCGCCGAUAUCCGCUGUACAAGUAUCUCGUGGUCUCGGCCGUGACUCUCGGCGUGGCUGUCUUCACGCUGCACUCUGGAAAGAAGAAGGGCAGCAAGGUCCGACCUGACGACGCAAGCACAGCAUGGGGCCUGCUGUUGCUGGGUAUCAAUCUCCUCUUUGAUGGGUUGACAAACAGCACUCAGGACCAUAUCUUCCAGACAUUCCGACCGUACUCGGGUCCUCAGAUGAUGUGCGCCAACAACGUCAUGAGCACUAUUGUCACGGGUGCCUACUUGAUCGUCAGCCCUUGGUUGGUCGCUACAGGCCUCGGAGAGUGGUUUGGCAUGGACGUCGCUGGCAACGCGGGCGAGCUCAAGGCUGCUUUGGAUUUUAUGGCUCGGUAUCCCGCUAUCUGGAAAGAUGUUCUCGGUUUCGCUGCGUGCGGUGCCGUCGGCCAGGUCUUUAUCUUCUACACGCUGUCUACGUUCUCGUCCGUUCUUCUCGUCACUGUCACUGUAACACGUAAAAUGUUCACCAUGAUACUGUCUGUUCUCGCUUUCGGCCAUCGGCUCACUCAGAUGCAGUGGCUUGGUGUCGCGCUUGUGUUUGGCGGCAUUGGUGUUGAGGCUGGCAUCGCGCGACAAGAGAAGAUGGCCAAGGAGGCUGCUAAGGCACAGCAAAAUGGCAAAAAGGAGUUGUAA